AAUGAUAAUACGGUGUUUUCAAAAUUUAAAUCAAAGUUCAUUGCAUCUAUAUCGAGGAAUUUGUACUUCUCGUCCGUCUUCAAGCGUUUUCGAUAAAAUUAAAAAUUUUCUACUGGCUGAAGAGCGAGAAAAUUUCGAUAGAGACAAUAUUCGAAAAGCCCACCAAAAAGACAACGUCGACGAAAAGGAAUGGGCAUUGAUUUAUAGAGAUGUUGGAGCAUCGAGAACAUUUUACAUGACUGCUGCUUUUGUUCCAUCCUUCAUCGUUGGCUCUUCAAUUUUUGCUUUCGAUGUCAAUUCAAACAGUCCUGGAAAUCGAUUCGAUUUUGUGCAGAAGCUAGUGACGGAUUCAGAAGAACUUGGAGUUCUCAUUGCACUUCCAUCAGUUGCAUUAGCAGUUGUAUUUGCCUGUUUAAUCCGUGUUCAGCAGUUACGACUAAUUAGGAUAUACCAGAAUAAAAAUGACGCGGAGCAGUUUAUGGCUAUACGGUCGAAAUUCAUUGUUAAGCAGCACAAAGAGCUGUUCCGACGAGAUGAAACAACUGGUUUCUACUUCGCAGAUGAUCAAACUGACGGUGUCCGAGUUGCAAUGCAUUUCUUGUUGGGAAAUAUUCAGAUUGGAAGUCGAAAAUCCAUGAUCAUAGAUGAUAUGUUUAGAGCAAACAAUUAUAGAUCUUAUAUGCUAAACGAAACGAGUGUUCCUCCAAGGUUAUAGGAAAAAUAAAAGUUUAUUAGGUU